AUGAACCCCUCCCUCGUCCUGGCUGCCUUUUGCUUGGGAAUGGCUUCAGCUGCUCCCACACUUGAUGACGGCUUAGAUGCCCAGUGGAACCGGUGGAAGGCGAAACACAGGAAAUCAUAUGGAACGAAUGAAGAAGGAUGGCGGAGAGCAGUGUGGGAGAAGAACGUGAAACGGAUCGAACAGCACAAUCGGGAAUACAGGGAAGGGAAGCAUGGCUUCACGAUGGCCGUGAACGCCUUUGGGGACAUGACCAAUGACGAAUACAACCAGAGGAUGAAAGGCUCUCGAUACCAGAAGCAUGAGAAGGGGAAAGUGUUCCAGGAACCUCCCUUUUCUUAUGUCCCCCCAUCUUUCGAUUGGAGAAAGGAAGGCUUCGUGACUCCUGUGAAGGAUCAGUAUGAGUGUGAUUCUGGUUGGGCUUUUAGUGCGACCGGUGCUCUUGAAGGACAGAUGUUCUGGAAAACUGGCAAACUUGUUGCACUGAGUGAGCAGAACCUGGUGGACUGUUCUCGGACUCAAGGAAAUGCGGGUUGUAAAGGUGGCAGGGCGGAUUAUGCCUUCCAGUAUGUAAAGAAGAAUGGAGGCCUGGACUCUGAGGCAUCCUAUCCGUACACAGGAAAGGAAGCAGACUGUAAGUACAAGCCUGAGUAUUCUGCUGGUAAUGACACUGGCUUCAUAGACAUCCCUGUGUGCGAAAAGUCUCUGGUGACAGCUGUGGCCAUUGUGGGACCUAUGUCUGUUGCGAUUGAUGCUAGUCAUGAGUCGUUCCAGUUCUACGAAGAAGGUGUUUAUUAUGAGCCAGACUGCAGCUCGGAAAAUUUGAAUCACGCUCUUCUGCUGGUUGGCUAUGGCUAUGAAGGAGCAAAACCAGAUGAAAACAAAUAUUGGAUUGCAAAAAACAGCUGGGGUACAGACUGGGGCAAGUAUGGCUACAUAAAGAUGGCCAGAGACCGGGAGAACAACUGUGGAAUUGCCUCAGCAGCCAGCUACCCCAUCUUGUGAGCUGACGGAGUGGGCUGAGGAAGAACUUGACUGGGGAUGGCCGUUCCAGGGGAGGAAUUUAUCUGAAAUCGCACCAGCCUCCGCCGUGUGGUGUACAUGCGUAAAUCACUGAAAAUUCACGUUGUGAUUUAAAGUCUGUGACAUUCUCACACUGGUCAAUGUUAUCCCUAUUUCAAUGACGACUAAAAACUGCUUUGUAUUAUUGAUUCGCUUACUUUGGAUUUUGGUUUUUAAAGGAUGUGCAAUGUUGUACCCGUUUCCUUAAACUGAAUUUCAGAUAUCCUG